AUGGACACCUCACGAGACUCUUCAAAUUUGCUCGACACGCACAAUCGGCUCAUCGCUGACGUACUCUCCCGCUUCCGCAUGCUCACAAUGCUCGCGACGAUCCAAGCCGAAGGAGAGCGUAAGAACGUUGAGCCGCAGACGGUCGCUGUGACGGGCAUGUCGAUGCAAAUGGAGUUUGAAGGACUGCACACAUCAAUCAAAGACCUCCUCGCCCUCAGCCGCCGCCUCAAAGAGCUCUGGCUGUUCGGCAAGCUGGGCCAGGGAGAAGGCGAUGCGCGCAUCCAGGCGGACAAGCUCCAGGCCGACGUGGUCCGGUGCGCGGAGCUCCUCAACGCCAUCCAGGAGACGCGGUUCGCUGGCCUUGCAGCCGCGGCGGAGGGCAAGUGGGUGCCGAUGGGUCGUGGGGACGGUGCCUCUGGGGAGGCUGGUGCUGCUGUGGCUGCUCCGCCACCAGCUGCUCCGACGGCGCCGAAUGGGGCUGGUGGUGCUGCGUAG